GAGCAGGAGUUCAACCGGCCUCCGAUGCCGAGCAUUUCGAUACAACCAGGAAAGAGUCAAGACUGUCAUCAGCGAAAUCUGGCCGCUCCCUCCCUCGUCUCCGUAUAGUGUAGUGUAUCUUCGCCACGACUCGCGAAAAGUAUUAUCGGCGCCUCAUUGUUCAAAGCCAACCGGUUUUGGGUCGUGAUUACUGGAAUUGUCAACUCCCCACGUUUCUAGGGCUGUGCUUCUUCUGCUUCCUAAUCACCGACGCAUCUCCGCGAUGGCCUUCCGACUCCCGGCCGCGAUGAUGCGGCCCCUUCGGACCGGAGGUAUCGGAAAACCCUCGCCGCAACAAGUACGAUGGCUGGCAUCACCCGUAUACCCAGUAACCCAGGAUUCCACUUGUUCGAGAGGGCCGACAGCCAUGGUCUUUCUAAACAUGGGCGGUCCCUCAACGGUCGAUGAAGUGGGCGACUUUCUCAGCAGGUUAUUUGCAGAUGCCGACCUUAUCCCUCUGGGCCGUCUUCAAGGCUACCUAGGCCCGCUCAUCUCCAAACGCAGAACACCUAAGAUCCAAAAACAGUACGCUGCCAUUGGGGGCGGCUCGCCCAUUCGCAAAUGGUCCGAAUACCAAUGCAGCGAGAUGUGCAAGAUCCUUGACAAGAUCUCGCCCGAGACGGCGCCGCACAAACCCUACGUCGCCUUCCGCUACGCAAAUCCGCUUACCGAGACCAUGUACCUGCAGCUGCUGGCCGACGGGUUCGGCGGGGGCCGCGGUGGCCGCGCCGUCGCUUUCACGCAGUAUCCGCAAUACUCGUGCUCGACGACGGGGAGCAGCCUGAAUGAAUUAUGGAAGUGGCGUCAGAGGCUGGAGGGAAAGGCUUUGCCGCAGGAGGACGGGAGCGAUGGGACAAUUAAGUGGAGCGUUAUAGACCGGUGGCCGGUACACCCCGGACUGGUCGAGGCGUUUGCGCAGAACAUUGAGGCAAAGCUUGCUGAGUAUCCCGAGGAGAGGAGGGACAAGGUUGUGCUGCUCUUCUCGGCGCACAGCCUGCCCAUGACGGUGGUAAAUCGAGGUGAUCCUUACCCGGCCGAGGUCGCGGCCACAGUGCAGGCGGUGAUGCAACGGCUCGGCUAUUCCAACCCGUGGCGACUAUGCUGGCAAUCGCAGGUUGGCCCUCAGCCCUGGCUCGGCCCGCAGACAUCCACGACGGUGGAGGAGUACAUUGCCAAGGACCACAAAGAUCUGAUACUGAUCCCUAUUGCCUUUACCUCUGACCAUAUCGAGACCCUGUUCGAACUCGACGAGGAGGUCAUAGGCGGCUCGGGGCACGCCGACACGGUCAAGCGCGCUGAGAGCCUGAACGGAAGCCCGGUCUUUAUCAAGGCGCUUGCGGACAUAGCCAAGGCGCAUCUGGACAGUGGGAUUGCUUGCUCCAAGCAAAUGGGCCUGAGGUGUCCGGGGUGUAAGAGCGAAAGGUGCGCCGAGUCCAAGAAGUUCUUCGCGCAGCAGCAGAUAUAACCAACAGGCGCGUGGAGUGGAGUAUGUACACAGCAGAGCAGUCAUCGGGGAGUCAGGCGUGUCCACCGGGCUUGCCCUUUUGCUUAAUGGCAACAACUCACCUUACAGGCCGCGUAGUUCUUUCUCAAAAAACGGGGGGGUAUUUCCUGAGAAUCAAUGCAUUCUGGUAGAAACGAUUACAAUUGGUAUGCGAUGCCUUGUCGACUUGGAAGCAAUGCGGUUGGUCCGGAGAUUCUGCGGAGUAAGCCCGCGGUGCUUCGUUCAAGUACUUCGCGAGGGACAGGAUCUGUUAGUGCAGCCAGAAUUUUGUGUGCAAAAAUAUCCUCUCUACCGUAUAAACUCGCCAAAUUGACCUUCUUCUACU